AACCGAGAAAAGCAGCUGUUUAUAAGAGUUUCAAUGACGCUGUUUGUUGCCGACAAUUUCCUAAAAAUUUCUGAUGUUUUCCAUAAUCUAUUUUACGAAGGAGAAAUGAAAAUAUGGAACUUGGGGGGGGGGGGGGGACAUUUUCGAUAAAUUGCCCGGCGGCUGGCGUUAAAGUUGGGUAGGGAAGAAAAGUAGAAAAGUUGGUUUGCAUGUCAUUGGCUGGUUGGGUAUUGACGAAUAGGGACUCUGUGUGUGGGCUUGUGUUCGACGCAAGGAGAUUCUUCUCCAUCCAUAUAAAACACACACAAUUUCCAGAUAGUUUUCGAGCUAAAUCGUCUACAAGCCUUCGAUCAUCAUUUUCUCUCUGAAAUCUCCUUGGUUUCUCCAAUUUCUCUGAAUUCGACUCCUUUCCUGAUCCAUUGCCCAAUCGCCCUCUUACCUUUUGAAUGGAUACAAAUAAUUGUAGACCUACUCAAGGUGGAAUUGAGGAUGGGGAUUGGAGGCUUCAAUUGCACCCCGAUUGUCGAUCAUGGAUUGUCGAAAAAAUAAUGGAGACGUUGAAGAGGCACCUUCCUGUCUCUGGUCAAGAGGGACUGAAUGAAUUACGAAAAAUUGCUGUAAGGUUUGAGGAAAAGAUUUUUACUGCUGCUACCGAUCAGUCAGAUUACCUAAGGAAAAUAUCUCUGAAGAUGCUUACCAUGGAAAUGAAAACUCAGCACCCUAUGGGGAAUUCAUUACCAUCAAAUCCGAUCAAUGAUAUUGAAGAUCCUGAAUUAGAAUAUUUGAGUGAACUAUCCACAAAGAUGAUCGAAGAAGAAUGGAGUUGGGAAAAAGUUAUGGAUUUUAUUGCUAAUAUAAAAUAAUUAGAACUUUGUAAUGUGCAAUUUAGAUGAGAGAUUGCGAAUCCAUUCAUCCAAUUGUAUGGCUUUAAAUUGGUUAUAAACUAUGUAUGAAGUAAGAGAUAAAUUCAAUCGAAAACUCAAAGCUUAAAUGGUUUUAACUUCGAAUUA